AUGAUGGGCGGAUCCGGCAAACGCAGUAUGCCGGGCAAAUCGAAUGGCAUGAAGCGUAGAAAGGACGGCAAGGCUAUGUAUAAGCAGCCUAGCAGCCGAGUCGGCAUGGAGAGCGGGGACUCGGGUGUAUUUGUGACCUGCGACAUGGGCCGGGAGAGCAAAUGUAUCAGAGAGGCCGUCGAUAUCUUCUCUCAUGCCAUUGAGUCUUCCGGUGAAUUGAAGACCGAGGAGGAUUCGGACGAGGACUCGGAUGAUGGCGACAUCGAGGCCCAGAUCCAAAGGGAGCUUGCCGGCUUACAGCCUAGCAAGGAUAAGAAACACCCAUUUCAAGGAAUGCAGUUGGAGAUGCCCUGCGUCACAUUCGUGCGACUCGACAAGUCGAUCGACCCCGUCUCGCUGGUCCACCGUUUGUGCUCCGAAGCACAUGCCAAUCCAAACACCAAAAACAGCCGAUGGAUUAAGCGCAUGACCCCGGUCUCUACCCUCAGAAAGACUCUAAGUGUGGACCUAGAAGCCUUCGCAAAGGAGAUUCUCAAGCCGCACUUCCAUUCUGGGGGCCCGCCGAAGAAGUACGCUAUUCGACCGACGAUUCGAGGCAAUAACAAAUUCAAACGAGACGAGGUCAUCAAGACUGUUGCUGACGCCGUCGGUCCCGAACAUCCGGUGGACCUGAAGAAUUACGACUUGAUGAUUCUGGUAGACGUCGUGCAGAAUGUGAUCGGAAUGAGUGUAGUGGGCGGUGACUACGACCUGCUGAAACGGUAUAAUUUGGCCGAGAUCUACGAUCCGGCGAAACCGGCGGCGGAUCAGGCCGCAGAAGCUAAGUCUUAG